AUGCUUCGUCCGGCCACACCACUAGCCGUGGUGCUCUUUCUUGCCUUCGCCCUCCUCAUCCUCUCCGUACUAUCCACCCCGAUCAUCAAGGUCAUCCCUCUCGGCUCCUAUGAGGGUAUCAAUUUUGGAGUCUUCGGCUUCUGCCUGGCCGAUGGCUCUUGUUCCGGCGUCGAGCUGGGCUACGAUCCGGCAUCGCUCUACUCCUCCAGCGCCUCGGCAACCUUUGAUCUGCCCGCCUCUACGCGCCACACCCUCUCUACCAUCCUCAUACUGCAUCCUGUUGCCGCUUUCCUGUGCCUCGUCAUGCUUGUUCUGGCCUUUGUCGCCCACUUCCAUUCUCCUGCUCAUUCUGUUCGCUAUCUCCUCGGUGUCUUCAUUGUCAGCAUAUUUGCCUUCCUGGCCGCCCUGCUCGCCUUCCUAAUCGACAUCCUCUUGUUCGUCCCCCACAUGGCAUGGGGCUCUUACAUCACCCUCGCUGCCGCCUGUCUCAUCGGCCUGGGCAGUAUCGUUGCCUGUGCCAUGCGCCGCACUCUCGUCAGCCGCAAGACCCGCAAGCACCGCAUCGAGGCCAAUGCCGAGAUGAGUGGUGAGAACUUUUACAAUCGCCAAGCCCAGGAAGUCGUCACCACCGUUGUCAGUGGCGGCGUCGCCGACGGCUCAGAGGCCGGCGUUGCGCGCCAGCCCACCGUCCCUCAGAUCGACCAGAAGGAGGCCACGAGCAGCGAGGAACAGAUACCCCUCACUGCACAGACAUCUUUGCCUGGAGACUCCUACUCGCAGCCCCUCAUUUCGCAAAACCAGUAUCAGUAUGGCGUCCGCAGCGGUUCGGUCGAGCCUGCUGCAAUGUCAGGCGCUUCAACCGGGCCGCCUCGCCUUACCGACCGUUCUCAAUCCACUCAGCGAGAUGCGUAUGGAAACGUCCCACCUUACGGUAAUGCUCCCCCUCUAGACAGCUACGGCGCACGGAGAGGUCCUGUCCCAGAUGCUAUGGGCAACAUGCCGCCCUCGCAGCGUGGACGGGGAGGCGGACCCGGUUAUCGUGGCGGUCGUGGAGGCGGGCCAGGGCCGUAUGCCCAACCCGGUCGUGGGGGCUAUGGUCCGGCACCUGGUAGAGGCGCAUAUGGCCCGCCUCCGGGGAGAGGUGGCUAUGGUUCGCCUCCAGGACGAGGCGGUUAUGGACCACCAGGACGAGCUGGCUACGGGGGUCCCAUGCCGCCGUAUAACGGACGAGGCAGAGGUGGCUUUGGUGGCUAUGGACCUCCACCUGGCCGAGGAGGCUAUCCUGGCCCCGGUCCAGGCCGGGGAGGCAGAUCGCCACCACCAGGCUACCAAUACGAAAGCACCGGCUCCUAUGGCAACAACGGACAAUCUACUGGCCCACAAGUCGGCUACUAUGCGAAUGCGGCUGUGCCCAACGCGAGCAACGGUGCAGACGGCAACAGUGGUGCCGCUGCUGUCAACGGGCAGUACAGCCACGACCGAUCACCAUCUGCCGACCUGCCAAGAGCCGAGUCUCCUCCGCCCCUUCCGAACGACCCGGUCUUUGAAGCCCCUAGCCACGCAGUCGAGAUGGAUGCAUCUGUUCUGCCCUCCCAGCCCCAUCAACUGUCACAGCAACAGGCGGGCCGUUUUAGCGACGGUGAUUCUGAGAUUGCCGGCUUGGUUGGCCUGCAGGAAGGACGAACCUCGCGGGGCUUGCCGGAACAGCAGGCAGAAGCAGCCGAUCAAUAUGUGCCUCCACGAGCACACUGGAACACAGAAGGAGCUGCACCCUCCGACUUGCAGGGAAGCCGCGGCCUUCCGCCGGCCACAGAGGCUACCGAGCAACGGCCCUCGACGUCCGAAUCGUAUGUGGAAGAUAUCGACCCGCGCUUUGCCGAACCGCAACGCAGCCGGCAGCAGCUGCACGAACCCGCAGCGCCACAGGUGAUGGCGAACCACUCUUAUGAGGAUAUCCCAGAGGGCGCGCGAAGCCCAGCCGAGUCUGAGCGGUCAACAUUUACGUCCAUCUCCCAGCGGGGCAUCAAUCCACGUUGGAUCCCGCCACCGAGUAUGAUGCCUGCAUAUGGUGCUGGUCCCGGCGGUGUGCCUGGCCCAUACGGUCCGCCUGGUCACAUGAUUUCUCGCCGUCCAUUACGGGACCCCAACGAGAUCCUUCUCAACACCAACCCUGACUUCUCCCUCCCAAUAGCUGCUGGACGUCAGCUAACAGGCGGCCCUCGAGGCGGCCCCAGUAAUGUGGGUGCUGCCCGUAGCGGCCCCGGUGGCAAUAGCAUGAUUCCCGGCAGCGCCUAUCCAGCCAUGUGA